AUGCCAAGGUUCAGAUAUGACUUGGAAGGCCUCACCCCAGAGCAGCAGGAUGCUGAACGCAAACGACUAUGGCUUGUCAGACAGAUGCAGGAUCCUGAGAAAGCGGAGAAGAUCAGGGCUCGGAAUCGAGAGAGCAAACGAGCUCAACGCCAGCGUACAAAACAGUCGAGAGAAAAUACCAACCCUGGUGCAGAACCCCCGAGGUUUCGCAGACAACGAGCACCCGAGCCCGCCGAGGCUUCGUCUUCCCAACCCACCCCUCCUAAUUCUUUUGACCCUAACCUGAUACAUCCUGCACUCCAGAACCCUGCACACUUCGUACCGCCUCGUCAAAUGUCAGAAGCAGCGGUAAUGACUGACCCACACCCAUCCUAUCCUCCGCGUCAGACCAUCAACCGCAAUUUAGAUCUGGCGUCUGACAUUCUUGGCAUUCAGGUUCCGCAACAAUCGAAGACCAUCACUUGGGCUGACGGAUGCAAGACGGUACUACCCUGUGUGAUGAACAGAGGUGUCAACAUAUGCGAAGAAAACGAUGCCGCUUUCGUUCGGUUUCUUUCUAUCUUUCCAGAAUCUAAACCGUCGUCAACGCACGUCGUACACAUCAACAAUAAUCGCUUUAACAGGGAUCAAUUGCAGCAACUCGUCAGCAUAGCUCUUCGUCACGACAGACCCGCUGUCAUUCGAGGCACCUGUAGUCAUGUGCUGGAAGAAAUCGAUGCAGAGUACCUAGAGAAACAUUUUGGGAUAUCGCCCCUGAUGCGCGUCACUAUACACGACGUCGCAGAGCGAAUACGGGAUUUCUCCCACCCCCACCUAAACGGCACUAUCCAACAAUUCGUCGAAGCAAUCGACGAUCCCUCCAAGAUCCAAUGUAUCCUAGAUAUACCCCUGUCCCACUUUGGUAUCCCGCAAGACUUCCAGCUUCUAGAUCACGGCCUUGUAUAUGGCUGGAACCAGACGACAGUCGACUGUCCUAUCAGCAGCGGAAAAGUCCACCCCGACAACUUCACUGUCAAAUCUUGGGCUUUACUUCACCAAGGGGGCUUCGUGACCUAUCCUCAUCACAAUUCAGAUGGUGCAAUAACGGUUCUCCGAGUUGAAGCAGGCGCCAAGCUCUGGAUCGUCUUCCGUACUAAAAAGAAACUCAACCGAACAGCCCUUCAGAAGGCCCAGAUGCUGUUCGCUAAUUUCGCACAAAAUCGGGACGCAAUAAUGGAGAUUUGGGAAGCAGAGGUGAUAAGGCUCUUACCCGGCGACCUACUUUUCCAACCUGCGGGUCAAGUUCACGCCGUUUAUACCCCCGUGCCCUCGUUUGCCACGGGCGGACAUUUCUAUAAUUACGAAUCUCUACAUCUAACCGAGCUAUCUCGCUACAUAGAUGCACGCAAGGCCCAGUUCCUCACCAAUCAGGUACACGACAACACUCUGGAAACUUUCCACAGGAUGACGUUAGCCCUUCCCCGACUCUCGCCCAGUGUCAGAUUAUAUCACAGAGCCGUCAUCGGUCUAUGUCUCAUGAUCGUCAAUCGAGACAAGCACAAGGCAUCAAACAACGACUCUGGCUACCAAAUCGUGGCGUCAGAGAGCACCGGUAGAGCCCUAACGAUCGCCAAAACGAUCAUCAACCACUUCUACAACAAUACAGAAGCAGCACAGCGCGCUUACCGUAGUGGCGAUCAAAGUGACGCGGGUGAGCUGGUCUCCAGAGAGGAACUCUCAUCCUGUCUUCAGUCAUUUACACAUCUCUGA